AACGAGCCUUUGAGGAGUGUAUGUCGCGCUGUGCUUUUCCGACCAAAGUGACUCGUAUUUUACCAAUCUUUUUUUUACAAUCGAUAAAACAGAGUUUUGGUGAAUAAUCAGUGAGCAUGUGAGAGGGACUGCCUUCUUCCCUCCUGCGAUGUGUCUGUUACCGUUGUGCAUUAUGUUCAGUGUCGAAGUGACAUAAGUUGAAAUGGAUUUGUUUUGGUAAAUCGCGAUAUGGGAAAGAUGUAUCUUAUGGGAAGGACUUUUAGUGACAGACUCGUCUCUAGCUUCUACAGAUUUUUAGCAAGAUUCUCCGGAAGGAGACGUGGUGUGGACAUGAGGGAGGGAGCUAUGCGGUUGUCGCUUCUGCCGCUUAUCUCCAUCUUGGCUCUCCACACGUUCGGUUCUCUAGUGGAGGGAUGCUCAAGCAGAUCGACACCGAAGCCGAGGCCUCCGGUGUUGCCCGUAGCCCGUCCGAACCCUAAUUUCCACACCACGACUUGUCCCCCGAGUUACGCUGACUCUUUCUGCCUCAACGGGGCGACCUGUUUCACCGUCGACAUAGGAGAGUUCCAGACAUACUACUGCGAGUGCGCUGACGGUUUCAUGGGAAUGAGGUGUGAAUUUAAAGACCUUGACGGAUCGUAUACUCCAUCUAGGCACAGGGUAAUGCUGGAGACAGCUAGUAUUGCAUCUGGAGCGACGAUUGCUGUAUUCCUUGUCGUCUGCAUCUGUAUAUAUGUUUAUGUAAGGAUACAGAGAAAGCACAAACAUAAUCUCAUCACUAGCCAUUGUGAAAGCAGUGGAGAUUUGGGAAAGCAGACCCCUUUCGGGAGAGAGAUCCCACGGAUUGCAUUACAUCACGUCUCAAGAGAAAGGGGCACUGGUGACAAUAUCAGUUUAGGAGUUUAUGAUUUUCAAGGGCACAGAGAGCCAACAUAACAGGAGGUUUGAGACUGGUGUAACAACUCAAAGACGCGCUUUUUGACUCUUUUGUAAGGGAGAAAAAAUCAUGUUAUUAUAUUAUUGUUUUGUUUUUAUUAUUAUUAUUUUUAAUACGGACUAUUCGCUUUUUGGGUUCAAACAUUCCACAUCCUCAUCAAAACGGAUUGGUUUUUUGUUUAGUUUUUUUUUUUUUUUUUACCGAGCGGCAUGCGGAUAAGCCCUCGUCAAUUCACCAAAUGAAACACAUUGUAAACUAUUAAGUGUAUUCAAAACUAUUUAAUGUAAUAAUAUUAUCAUUGUAUUUUGUACAAAGAAUUUUUGUAGAUAUUUAUUUUUCCAUACAUCAGAAGAAGGUGAACUCUAUGCUUGUGUAAUCGAAAAUUCCUUAUAAUGAUAUUUAAACUUUAUUAUUUAAUGUUAAGUGACAUAAUGUUCAUAUGUGGUAAAUUUAUAUCCAUCAUGUCAAUUAAUUGUAAUAAUAAAAACUUACAUAUAAUUGUAUGAACUUGGUUCCUAAUUUAUUAUUAACGUAUGUUUUAGAUGAAUUUCUGUUUUGUGAAUAGAAUUUUGUUGCCAGUAUUAUUGUCUCUUGUUGCUCAUUGGUAUAUUUUUUUGUAAAAAUUUAAUUUGUACAAUAUACCAAAUAAUGGCAAAUACAAAAAUAUUGAGCUCUUCUAGCAGAGAUAAUGUUUCCAAUAUUUUUUUAAAAUACAAUUUUAGCUAACAAAUAAGUUCAGAACCAUGUACCAAAGCUAAUUUAAUCUAGAGUAAAUACCUUGUCCAAAAAAAAUUGUUUUGCAGCUUCACCUAUGGCUAAAGACUUAUUUUAAUUGUGUUUUUAAAAGUGGUUGGACUAUUUAUCUUAAAAACUAGCAAAAAUUUAACAUAGCAUACUAAUGUUCCUCUUAUAAGAACAUCCACUUCCAGUUUAGUGGGAUAAAAUUAACAACAUUAUUAAAAAAUUAGCAAUAUUUAAUUUAAAAAAUUUAACAUAAUUGUGAUAUUUUUUCAUUAACGUUCAAGACUCUUGGAAAAUUAUCUUUUACUCGUGGAAAAAAUUGUACGUAUCGAGUAACAAUAGAUUAAUCAUUAUCUGAUAGUGCAGGUGGAGUGUGCAUCUACACAUAACAAUCUGUGUGUAUUUAAAUUUAUAUAAAUAUUGUAAUUUUUUUUUGUACAUGUGACAUUAUUGGGCACUAGUCAGUUAGCUAGCAGCUUACAAUCCAUAACUUAUAGAAUAAAAUACUUUUUUUUUUCUUAGUCUGCCUCAUUAUAGAAAAGGGAUAUAUUUAAUACAAAUAUACAUAAUAUAUGAACAUC